ACUUGUCUUGUUUCUAACCAUACAUUUAUAUUAACUUCGUUUCACUUUCUGUUUGUUUGUGGUCCUACACACUCACUCCCUCGCUGUGGACAUGGAGAACAAACUCAUGCGUGCUGUUCAGUACAAUGCCUAUGGUGGAGGAUCCACUGGCUUGAAGCAUGUUGAAGUUCCCAUACCAAGUCCUAGUAAAGAUGAAGUUUUGAUAAAACUGGAAGCAGCUAGUAUAAAUCCAUUUGAUUGGAAAGUACAGAAACGCAUGUUGUGGCCAUUUUUGCCUCCCAAGUUCCCAUAUAUACCUUGUACUGAUGUAGCAGGAGAGGUCAUGAUGGUUGGUAAAGGUGUUAAGAAGUUCAAAACUGGUGACAAAGUUGUAGGCCUAGUCAGCCCCUUUAGUGGUGGAGGACUAGCUGAGUUUGCUGUUGUUAAGGAGAGUGUCACCGCUUCAAUACCACAAGAAAUCUCAGCAUCCGAAUGCGUCGGCUUACCUGUCGCCGGUCUAACAGCUCUCCAAGCACUCACCAAAUCCAUAGGAAUCAAACUCGAUGGAAGCGGUGAGCGGAAAAACAUUUUGAUCACGGCUGCAUCUGGCGGUGUAGGACACUAUGCAGUUCAAUUAGCAAAGCUAGGUAACACUCAUGUAACGGCCACCUGCGGUGCUCGAAACAUGGAAAUUGUCAAAAAGUUAGGAGCUGAUGAGGUGAUUGACUAUAAGACACCAAUUGGUGUUGAAUUAAAGAGUCCUUCUGGUAAGAAAUAUGAUGCAGUGGUUCAUUGUGCAUCGGAUUUUCCAUGGUCGGUUUUUGAGCCUAACUUGAGCACGAAUGGUAAGGUUGUCGAUAUAACUCCUAGCUCUGCUUCAAUGUUGACAUUUGCUCUUACUAAAAUUACCUUCUCCAAAAAACAACUUGUGCCUUUGCUUCUAAUUCCAAAGGGUAGGGAUCUUCAGUUUCUUGUUGAUUUGAUUAAGCAAGGAAAGCUUAAAACAAUUAUAGAUUCCAAAUUUCCUCUAGCUAAGGCUGAAGAUGGUUGGUCUAAGAGUAUUGAUGGUCAUGCAACUGGGAAGAUAAUUUUUGAGUUUUAAUUAUGCUUGGAGUGCUUUGUAAUAUAUGUAUACACUAUAUUAUAUGAAUUGAUAGAGUAAUAUUGUGCAGUUUUAUUUUAGAAUAACAUUAGUCAUUUAUCA